AAAAUAAAUACAAAUUAAUAGCAUAAAUAAUAACAUUUCUUUUUCUUUUCAUAAUUUGUAAUUAGAAUAAAAAUGAAAACAAAAGAAAUAAACUUAACAAAUAUCUUGUUUAAAGAAGAGCUUGGCAUUCGAUAUACAAAUAAAACAAAGUUUUUAAAUAAUGUUGAUUUUUUAUCUGCCCAAAAAAAAUUUUUUCAAAGAAUGUAUGAUGUAGUUAACUCUAUUGAGGAGUUUUUAAAUAAUAGAAGUUUUGAUAUUAUAUCAUUAGAUAAGAUUUUAGAAAAUCUUGAAGAUAUUUUUGCAUUAAUAAGAACAAAUAAAAAAGGCGGGGAAAUAUUCAUUUCAAUGAAAGGCCACCUUACUCUACAAAGAUUAAUAUUUAAUAAAAACAAUUUUAAUAAUGAUAGUAUUAAUCAUAUAAAUUCAAAAUUAGGGAGCAUGUCAACAGAUGAUUCCAAUAAUAAUAAUAAUAAUAAUAAUAAUAAUAAUAAUAAUAAUAAUAAUAAUAAUAAUAAUAAUAAUAAUAAUAGUACACCAAGUUUUUCCGAUUAUAUUCAAAUUGCCAGGGCUAGGAGAGAAAUUAUAAAUUCAGCUAUCAUAAUUAUGAGAGAGUUACUUGAUAUUAGUUUUUUCUCAAAAUGGGUAUUAGAGGCAAAAGGAUUUAUCUCUGAAAUAUUUAAUUUAAUUAUUGAAACUGGUCUUCGUGAGCAUACAAUGUUAUUUUUAAAUGAUUUAUUGUCAACGACAAAUACGCCACUCGAUUUAAGAGACAUUAAAAAAUUUUAUGAAAUCGCAAGGUGCACAUUCAAUCAUACUCAAUUUUAUUUAUUCAUUAAAAUUUUAUCAGCAUGCACAUUUUUUACAGAAGAUAGCACCAGCUGUAUUCAAAGUGCUCUGGAAUUGAGAGAUAAAGUUGAAAAUAUCUAUACAAUUAAUCAAACAAUUGUAUUUAAUAUACCAGGAUUUUUAAAAAAACUAGUAUCACCAUUAAGAAAAUCAACACAAGAUACUUGGAUAUCACCAGUUUUAAGAGUAGAUCAUAACGAAAUGAGCGAUGACGAGAGCGAUUUAGUAAAUGAAGAGCUUGUUUCCUCACCAGAUAGAUAUAGUGCCACGAUGUUGUCAACUGAGGAUGCAUUAAACACAUUACAAGGUUUAAAUUUUUAUCCCCAAGAUGGUGAGGAUCCAAUAAAAGCUUUAAAAUCAUAUUCAACUGCAGCAUAUCAAUCUGAAAUUUUAAUUAUAUUGUUCAGUUUAAUAAAUGGUUCAAGAAAAUUUCAAAUUUUAACAGAAUUAAAAAAAUUAAAUUUUAUGGAUAUUUUUUAUAAAAUUUUUAAACUUAUUGAUUGGAAAAAAUCGGAAUUUAAAAAUGAUUUUAAUCCAUUUUAUAUUAGAAAAACUCAAAUCAUAAGAUUAUUUUUAGUCUAUAACGAUAAUUAUCUUGUAUCAUCAUUUGGUAAUCAAUUUGCAACCGAAAAAGAACUCCAUAAAAUUAAAAAUCAACCAUGUGAAGAUAAAAAUUGUUGUUAUGAUAGAGAGGGUAUACCAGAAAUUAAUUUAGGUGAUUUAAGUAAUGUUCAAGAUUCUAGUGAAGAAAAUGAAAAUAAUGAAGAAAAUGGAGAAAUUAAUAAUAACAAUAUAAAUAAUAAUGAUGAAAAUUCUAUAAAUAAUAAUAAUAAUCAAUUACAUUAUAACAAAUUAGUGAAAGAAUUUAAUGCAAAAGAAAGUUCAGUUAUAUUAUCAAUUGUCAAUGCAUUUAUAGAUUGUAGAUUUGCUGAAAGAGAAAGAUCACAUGUUACAUAUUGUUUAGAGACAUUCCUACGUUCAUGGCCAGACAACAGUUUACAAAAUUAUUUUAUUGAAAGAGGAUUUUUAAAAUAUAUAAUCAAAGAUGUUGCAAAUAAAAAUUCUGUAAUUUGUCAAUUAAAUUACGAUUUGUUUGGAGAACUUGUAAAAAAUAAUAGAUAUGGAUUUAAGAUAUUAACAGAAAACAUCAAAGACAAACCAGAAGGAUUUUUGAAUUAUUUUUUAGAGAAUGUCAUCGAUGCAAAUGUAGGUCUUAGACAAAUAGUAGUAUCAUUAUAUAGUUUCAAAUUGGAAAAUGAAAAAUUCAAAGACGAUCCAAGUUAUAUUCCAUAUGAUUUCGAAAAUUGUAUUGUUUCACAAUAUUUUGAAAAAAAUAAAAAAACAAUGAUUUUGAAUUUUAUCGAUGUCUUAACUCCAGAGACAUUAGAUUUAGGAAAUUUAUGUUGUUUAAAUUCUUCAUUGGUUUUAUUGGCAAUUUUAAAAAAAGAAAACAAAUUAGGUUUUUACCUUGGACAAAUUGUUUUAAAAGAUAAACAAACAAAUGGUGAGUUCCAUAAAAAAAUCUUUUCAUUAUUAAAGAUCUGGAGAAUGUUUUAUUUAUUUAAUUCAAAAGAUAAAGGAAAAUUAGAGCAUUCAACAAAGGAACUAAAAUUUUCAGAAAUUUUUGAAAUAGUUAUAAUUUUAGAAAAUUUAUGUUAUAAAUUGGGUAAUAAAUAAAAGUGUACAAAAAAAAUAAAAAAAUCAAAAACAAUAAUCUAAAAUUUUUUUAAUCAAAUUUUUUUAAAUAAAAAAUAUACUUAUUAUAUU